AUGGACUCCGAAUUACCGAAAAUCAAAUAUUUGAGCGAUGAAAAGACGAAAGAAAUGCUCAAAGACAUGAAAGGUGAAAAAGUCGGUUGGGUGCAAGUAGAAGAGGAAAAAUGGUGUUUACCUGCAAAAUAUGUGAAGCAGCGUCAUAUCUACUACAAUUUUGAAGUAAAUCCUGAUGAUACCUGGGUCGUGACUUUCCCGAGAUCAGGUACAACAUGGACUCAAGAGCUGGUAUGGCUUCUAAGCAAUGAUUUGAAUUUUGAAACGGCUAAAUCAGUACCUUUGGUAAUAAGAUGUCCGUUUUUAGAAAUGUCUAUGGCAAUAAAUGACGCAACUUCGGAAAAUCUCCUUGAAGAGAAUAAGGAUAAUGCCGAAAUCGAGUCAUUGCUUUCGAACUUAUCAUUAACAUAUGAGAUCGCCCGAUCAAUGCCGUCGCCAAGGUUUAUAAAAACUCAUUUCCCGCUGAGUUUAGUUCCCAAUAUCCUUAAGUCUGACUGCAAAGUAAUUUAUGUUGCACGUAAUCCAAAAGAUGUUGCUGUUUCUUAUUAUCAUUUUCAUAAAACUGUAAAAGUUUACGACUAUCAAGGAGAUUUUGAAAAAUUCUGGGAUUAUUUUCAAAAUGACUUAAUAUCCUGGGGCCCAUAUUGGAAGCACUUGAAAGAAGCUUGGGCCCAAAGGCACAACCCCAAUUUUCUAUUUUUGUUUUAUGAAGAAAUGACUCACGAUUUAUUAGCAGCAACGAAAAAAGUUGCAAAAUUCUUGGGCAAGUCUUACAAAGAUGAACAAUAUCAAGAAGUUGCCGACCACCUGAGAUUUUCUAAUUUACAAAAAAAUAGAAUGGUCAAUUUAACUAAAGAUAAUACAAAAGUACUCUUUAAGGCGGACAACUUUAUUCGUCAAGGUAAAAGCGGGGCAUGGCACAAAAUGUUCACGCCAGAACUUAGAGAGAAGGCUAAUCGAUGGAUAGAAGAAAAUUUAAAAAAUACAGACCUGAAAUUUCCUUUCAUCGAUAUUUAUUCGUAG